AGGAACUUCAGUCAGUUACAAUGCUGUCAUUUUAUAAUACGUCAAAAAUGGAGGAGGAACGUCUCUUCGACGAAAGGGUUUCAAUAAGAGACUCAGCUAGACCAUUAAAAAAAUAUGGAAGCACUUGCAACCACAUGAAAAGGAACGAAGAAUACAUAAAACAUGUGAUGUCGAAAGGCGAUACCUUACAGGGAAUUGCCCUAAAAUAUGGUGUAACUAUGGAGAAGAUAAGGCGAGCAAAUCGGUUAUUCGCCACAGACAGUUUGUUUUUGAGAGAGUAUUUACUGAUUCCUGUGACUAAAGAUUCUCCUUUCUAUGAGAAUGGAGAGAGGGUGACUGAGCCACCUCUGCCGAGUCAUCGAGCUUCCAUAGCUGGAAUGCCCACAAGAGACUUCUCCCCUGGCAGUCCUGAUGAAAAAAAGACCUUUGACGAAUUUUUAAACAGAUUGGAUUCUUCAAUCGCUGACAUCAAGAAGCAUGUUGAAAAGACAAAGGAGAAUAGUGAGUUUGUCAAAGAGUUCGGUGAUGAUUUCGUUAGACACCGGCCGACGGCGCGUUUACGGCAGUCAGCGUCGAUGGGCGCUUCCACCUCGUACAACGAGGUGAUCCCGCCGCCCCUGCCGCCGCCGACCGCCACCCUGACGCAGGGGCGCCGCGUCGACUCCUCCCUGAAGCGGCUGGAGAGGGCGCACGACGACCUGUUCCAGUUGUAGCGGCCGAGGCAGCGCAGGUAUGCGCGGUUCCAAUGAACGCGACUCCUGCGCACCGAGACGGGCCGACAAGUCUCCGUCGUAUGGCGACGGUCCGACUGCAUUCAAGUACACUGCGGUGAGCACAUGUGAGCAUUGUCCACAAUAUUUUUCACAAUUGGCGUUUCGGAAAAUCCUUCUAAACCCCCUGUGAGGAAGAAACGUGUUUUUUCUAUAGCAUGCCCAAUUUUGCUGAGAAGCUUAGCAUUUGUGACGGUAGCUGUUUCUGGGUUUGGAAAAAUGUAAAUCAGGAGUUCGGAGUAUUUCAAGCCAAAUAAGGUCUGCUGAGAAUACAACUUUCCACAAUUUACAAAUUCUACGAUAAUAUGGUGAGCUAAAGUGUUUUUCGGUUUCACACACAAAUAUUUCAAACCGCAAGGAAAGCAUAUCGGUGUGUACCCAUAUUUUUUUAUAGAAUCAUUUGUACCGGUAUAUUUGUGUACACAUUUUUACCGGUAUUUUUUAUAAGGAUUAACUGUAGACAUUGAAUAAUACUAACGACACGUUUCAAGUAUCGGUAAAUAAAUAUAUACAGGAUAAAUACCGGAUUUCUUUAAUAAUGUCUCAAAUAAACAUUACUACGUUUCCAUUUAGAUGUUCUUAAAAAAGUGUGUAUUGUUGGAACAUAUUGUCGACUUUUUCUAAGUACGAUGCAAGUCAAAUAGAGACAUCAUUUCGAUUUGCUAUCUCUCUCGCUCUUACUCCUUUGAUAAUGUUAAAAAAGGACGCCAUGAGAGUUUGUUUU